GCCCUGGUCGUGAUGCAGCUGCUGCACGAACUCGGUCGUCCAUGCGUCGUAUCGCCCCCAGAAUCAGGCCUGAUAAGUCGUCCAUGGCGCGAACACCUCCUCAUUAAUAGACUCUCUGCCUGGUGCAGAUCCUUCCACUCCCUAUCCAGGGCCAUUCGUUCGGCUUCCCCGACCUGAGAUCCCGCAGCGCUCUCAGCGUCCAGUCCAGGCCCUUCUCUUCCUUGUCUAUACAUACUCUUCCUUCGUUCCGACUUGUCUUCUUUUUCUUACGAUGCCCGCCCUCUCCAACUUUGUUCGCGACGCUGCCGCAGCCGCCGCCCAGGCGCCUAACGCAUCCGCCCCGAAUGUCGCCCAGAUCAUCCUGCCGCCAGGGCUUACUCUCGCCCAGUACGAAAACAUGCAGUACUACGCCGUCGCGAUCGCGAUCUGCGUCGCCUGCGCGUUUGCGCUCGUCGGAUGGGACUACGUCGUCCUCCUCCGUGACGAACUCAAACUUUACCAGACCAGCAGCAAGCACCUGUGGAAGCAGCCCGCCACAUGGGCUUUCAUCGUUCUACGAUACUCGGCCUUCGUGUCUACCCUUUCCGCGCUGUUCUUCACGUCGAUCCAGUCGGAUCACUGCCAGACCGCGGUGAUCGCCUCCCAAACCGGCGUCGUCCUCGUCGUCGCCUCGGCCGGUAUCAUCUUCUGCAGUCGCGUCGCCGCGAUCUACGCCAACUCCAAGCCGAUCAUCGCCCUCCUCGUCUUCCUCUGGGGCUGCAUGGUCGCCUGCUGGGUCGCCGUCGCGUCCCAGUACAGCGCAGUCACCGGGCCCGCGACGCCCUUCGGCUCCAACUGCCAGAUGGCCGACAUCGUCUCCUGGGCGCCGAUCUCGUACGCGUCCCACGUCGCGUUCGACGUCAUCAUCCUCGUCCUCACCGUCGCCAAGCUCACCACCAACGCUGGCGGCGGCUUCGGGGCCCACAAGCAAUCCGCCAUCAGCCGGCAGAUCUACCGCGACAACCUCUUCUACUUCCUCGCCACCACCGCGACGAACAUCACCGUGCUCUCCAUCCAAGCCCUCGACGACUCGUACGCGCUCAUCAAGCCGACCGCCGUCCCGUUCUCGACCGUCAUCACCGUCACCAUGGCCCAGCGCGUGUACCUCAACCUCAAGCUCUACCACACCCGCGCCCAGCGCGUCGAGGCCGGCCUCCCGCCCUCGUUGCCCUCUCACUCCCAGACGGCGUCGACCGGCAGCGCCGUCGGAUACCCGCCCCGCCCGCCGCACGGUCCCUUCGUCGUCUCCCACAUGGCGGAGAACGGUCGCCCCGGCGUGCCCUACCAUGCUCGCGUGCAGAGUGCGGACUCGAUCAAGAAGGGUUACCCCAUGACGCCUGCCAUCUUUGUCCAGCGUGAAACCCUCGAAGGAUGAAUCACUCGCGCCAGCAUUAUAUAUUUAUAGCUUUAUUUAUGUUUUUUAUCAUCGGUGGCAGGCCUAAUCCCC